GUUUUGACAGAACUACGUCAGUCGUCAUUGUGGGUGUUUCGGUCGGCGGCCAUUAUUCUACGUAUAAUUAUAAUUUAGCUGUUUAGUACUAAACGAAACAAAGACAUUAACUAUUUUCAAUAUAUUCUUUAAAUUUAUAGUUUUGGAAAAGUUGCAAUUAUAGUACAAAUAUGAAUCCUGAAUACGACUACUUGUUUAAACUGCUCCUGAUUGGCGACUCUGGUGUUGGCAAAUCAUGUCUACUGCUCAGAUUCGCCGACGACACUUACACGGAGAGCUAUAUAAGUACCAUUGGUGUGGACUUUAAAAUUAGGACUGUAGAAUUAGAUGGCAAGACAAUAAAAUUACAAAUAUGGGACACAGCAGGCCAGGAGCGGUUUAGAACAAUCACUUCAUCAUAUUACAGAGGAGCACAUGGAAUUAUCAUUGUUUAUGAUUGCACAGACCAGGACUCGUUCAGCAACGUGAAGCAGUGGCUGGAGGAGAUCGACCGCUACGCGUGCGAUAACGUGAACAAGUUGCUCGUUGGCAACAAGUGCGACCUCACCACCAAGAAAGUGGUCGACUACACAACGGCUAACCAAUAUGCCGAGCAGCUGGGCAUACCGUUCCUGGAGACGUCGGCGAAGAACUCGACGAACGUGGAGCAGGCGUUCAUGACGAUGGCGGCGGAGAUCAAGGCGCGCGUGGGCCCGCCGUCGGCCGGCGCCGCGCCCGCCGGCGCCUCCGUGCGGAUCGACCCCGGCCGCCCCAUCGACACCGGCAAGUCCUCGUGCUGCUGAACUGCUCGCCGCGCCGCGCCGCGUCACGGCCGGCGGCAUCACGCAAGCGAGGUGGGAAUCCGCCGCGCCCUCAACAAAAACGCAAUUACCACAAAAUGUUUCAAAAUGCAUCUUUAUGAUUAUAAAAAGUAAAUAGUACGGACGGGGCCGACGCCUCGUCCCAUCGCUCGUAAGCUAACUUCUAUUAAGUUGCUACAGUCCGUAAACUUUGUUGGAUCGAGGUGAAAAAGAUGGGUGUAUGUUUAUACAUGUUUAUAUAUAAUGAAUAUCGUAGGUUAAUUUUGUGCUGUUUCUAUAAAGCGUUAGCAAGUUCGACCUUAUGGGCAGCAUAGUUAAUUGUAUGAGAGGUAAAUUCACACGUGUUUUGUAUCGUAUAGCGACUCUGGGACGAGCCUUGUAAUCGUACUCGUUGGAGUUCUUAUAGCUAACUAUAGUUGAAACGCUCGCACACUACAAUGUACUGAAUUAUAUAUUUAUAUAUAUAUCGGAUUUUAUACUCUGUGUACGUAAUUAAAUUUGUUUUAAGGCCCUCUUUCUCGUCGUAACGACGGAAUCUGAUUUAUCACUAAGACAUUACAAAAACUUUAAUAGUAAUGCUAAAGUUGUAUGCAGUGUAUUGUAUAGUAUGUAUAGAACAUUCUAACACUCAGUGGUCAUAAAAGUCGUAAGGAACCAAUUUUUUUUUU